AUGGCUCAGGCUCUUUGCUCGAGCAUUCUGAGCCGCCGCUCCCCUCUCCGUAAAAUGGGGUCACACGGCAGCGUAUACCCGCGCCAGGACCAACGCUCAGGGCGGCCGGAGCGGGAUGCACGCCUAGGCAGACAGGAAAAACCUGCCUCGCGUUCACUUUUCCGGAGAAAUUCUCAAAUCUCACGGAGUGGCAGCUGCGCAAGGGCGAAGCGGCGCAGUCGGGGGCCAGCUCCGGCGGGCGGGGCCUGGAGUCAGCCCUCUGCAGCCCACGCCCCGCACCGGCGCAGGGCAUCCACAUUAAUCUGGAUAAAGGCUGCUGCUUCAGCCACAGCUAAGAUGCAUGUAAUAGGAAUGAGAGCCACCUCUCUUUCAGGAAGCCCCUGGGAUUUUAGAGCUCCUUGUAACUGCAGCCUAACACAGCCUCAGCCGACUGAUACAUCCAGUGUCGUCAAAACAGAGCAGUCAAAAGUGGAACUGGCCCUCCCUGGCUUGCCCGGGCUGAGACUCCUGACUUCAGCACUGAACUCGGCGGCCACAGAACGGGCGAGUAAGGAAGCUUGGGCCGGCGGCGCAGUUUUCAGUUCAAGUUUGCUGGUACCUGGCUGGCUACUUCCUGAAAUUACUAUGUUCCCCACCCCCAAAAUCAUCUGUUUCGAAAAUAACAAAUAGGGCAUAUUUUCCCCUCCAAAUAGAAAUAAAAGACAGGUUGACUUUUGUGUGUGUGAUAUUUUUCUCCUUUGGUGCCCAAAAUAAAGACAGAUGAAGUCAGUGUGUGGGGAAGGGAGAGAGCGAAAAGGCAGCCAGUAGGAAAAGGAAAACCUCUGAACUCAGAUUUUAGAAUCUUUUGAUAUUACUUAUCUCAAGAGACUGUAGGUAAAGAGGCCACUUAGUAAUUCAAAUGAGCUGAUGAACUGUGACUAGACACUUAAAUUCCAGAAAAACAGGGAAGAACACUUACAGCUGGCUCCACCCACAAGAAGCUGGUUUAGAAGCAUAAUCUUUAUAGUAGAGUGUUUCCUUAGAGACCUCCACGUUCGCUUAUCACUCCCAUUUCACAGAUCUGAAAACAGACCCCUCUGCCUGGCACCACUCCUCCACUCCCCAAAGAAGGCUUUUUUUUUUGUAAUUAAAUAUAGUCUUAAAGUGUGUGACUUAUUGUCAGAAAAUUGAUAAUUUGCAGAUCUGCUUGUGUUAGACAAAUUUAUAUUUGCAGAGAUAAAAUGCUUAGUCAAAGUUUCAUAUCACAUCUACUAUUUUUUUUUUUUUUUUGACAUGGAGUUUCGCUCUUGUUGCCCAGGCUGGAGUGCAAUGGCGCGACCUCGGCUCACUGCAACCUCCACCUCCCAGGUUCAAGCAAUUCUCCUGCCUCAGCCUCCCAAGUAGUUGGGAUUACAGGCAUGCACCACCAUGCCCAGCUAAUUUAGUAUUUUUAGUAGAGAUGGGGUUUCUCCAUGUUGGUCAGGCUGGUCUCGAAUUCCCGACCUCAGGUGAUCUGCCCUCCUUGGCCUCCCAAAGUGCUGGGAUUACAGGCAUGAGCCACCACACCCGGCCACAUCUACUAUUAACAGCAAAUGCUGACUGACGUUGACUGUCUCUUUGGCCAAUGCAAAGACCAGGCUGUUAAAGUGUAGCUGCAGCCAUCAGCCUCUGACAGGUGGCCAGGACUCGCGAGUGACCUCAGUGAUUGUUGUCAGCUUUCAAUGAACUCAUAAAUCCAGAUGUGUGGUGGAUGUGCACUGCCCUAAUUACAUGUUUUCUGAACUUUCACCUAAGUGUAGAUUUUUAAGAUUCAUUUUUAUGAGCAAUUAAAUAAAAGUGGCUUCAUAAUAAAGAGAAAUGGGAUUAAAAAAAUGUGAAUCUAUUCUAAAAGAUGGAUCAUUUGGCUCUUUGGUUUGAUAUUUGCUUCAAUAUCCAAUAUCAGCCAAC